AUGGCGCUCAUUCAGAUGGCAUUCACAUGGGUGGCGUACGCUGUCGCGGUGGCGCUCGUAGCUCUCAUUGCGGCCAUCUUCACAUAUACAUACCAAACCCCGCGGGACCGAUCAGCGCUGGUAUCCACUGUCGCGAUUUUUACCUUGACCUGCUUACUGGCAACGGUUUUACUCCUGCCAGUUGAUAUAGCGCUCGUUAGUUCUACGACAUCUUCGAAGUUGGGCGCAAAGAAAGACUGGGCUACGCCAAGGACAGUAGACAACAUCCUGUUGACCCUCAAAAUCGUCUAUUAUACACUCUACAGUUUGGAUGCCGUCCUCUGCCUUCUGGUUGUGCCCUUUACAUAUUUCCUCUACGAAGAAUAUGACGAUGUUGAUGCCGAGGAAGGUAGACAGACCUUCCGUCAACGAUUCUUUGGAGCGUUGAAAUAUACCAUGAUAUUUGUCGCGCUCGUCAUUAUUCUGUUUAUUAUUGGUUUCUUUGUGCCUGUAGCGAGGGACCGCAAAGAAGCACACCUGGAUCUCGAUUAUUUCAAGCGCCUUUUGGCCGAGAAUCACGGAGAGCGGGCCUUGACAUUUGCCCUUGGGCUCCUUGUAUCGCUGGGCACUCUACUAUACGUGUUGUACACUGCUUCAGGUUUGGCACUUCUGCCAAUCUCCUUCAUCAAAUCGGCUCCAUCAAUCAGCGCCCCGCAGCUUUCCGAGAGCACGGCUACAGCUCUCGCACAGAAUCGAGAAAGGCAGCGUCAGCUUGAGGCGCGCAAUAUAGGCCGUGAAGGUAGGCUUCCUGCCAAAGAUCAAAGAGAACUCGAGGCCUUGGUUCGAGAAGAACGCACUCUGGUCCGUCGGCUGCGUCUUGCUGCAGAGGCUCAGGGCGAAGGAAAGAGCUUUAUUGUCAGAGCUUGGACUAAAUUUUGUGCUGUCUUCCGGCCUAUUAAAUUACUUGGAGGAAUCCUCCUGCUCAUAUUCUCUGUUAUUAUAUGGGUUUCGAUGUUGAUCACUGGCAUCGACAAGGCCAAGAAUUCCAUCUGCAAGCAGCAUUGUGGCUACAUUCUGGGAAGUAUUAAUGUCUUCCAACCACUCAACUGGAUUUUUGUUCAAGCUUCAAAAGUCUUCCCAGUUGACUAUGUACUAAUGGCAUUAUUGGUCCUGUUCUUCUUCAGCAGUUCCGUGGUCGGUAUAGCCAGCGUUGGAAUCCGAUUUCUCUGGGUCAGGCUCUUCGAGAUUCGCAAAGGGCACACGUCUCCUCAAGCUCUUCUUGUGGCUACCGUGAUGUUGACAUUGAUCAUGCUCGCGAUCAAUUACUCGAUUACCAUGAUUGUCGCACCUCAAUACGCUAUCUAUGGCGCCCAGACAUUCUGCGGGAACCCGCCACACCACCCAGACGAUCAACCAGACUGCUCGAAUCAUCCCGAAUUGGUCAAGCCGUGUAGCGAGCUCUCGUCUGACUACGGAUCAAAGAAUGUCUGUACUCCUAGUGUGGCAUCUACGUUCCUAAAUCGGGUAACUUUUAACUUCCCGUUCUUUGGAGCCCUGGCUUUCUGGGCCCAGUUUGCUUUCUUGGCAAUCUUCCUCAUUGUAUUUUCCACGGCUCUCUUCCGCACCCCGAAAGUCAACAUUAGCCAGCUGGAUGCGGAUGCAGAGGCUGAUGAGGAGGAGGGUCUCCUUGCUAGCACAGGUCGCAGAUUCGGUGCGACGUGGCAAGAUAUCCGCGGCAAGGCCAAGAAACCCAGCGCCGGUGCUGCAGGCCGUGGUAUUCGUGGCGAAGACCUCCACGAAGAUGACGAUUGA